AUGACAACAAUUUUAUCAGUUACUCUAAGGCCCUCCUUCAUUCAACGAAAAUCUAGUGAAGGGCAGUCUGGUGUAUUAAAGUCUUCUCGCUAUGCACAGAGUCUAUUGAUUGCCCCCGUGGACAAAACAGUGGAUCGUGAUCUUGCACUUGCUAAAGAAUUGGGAUUGAAGCUUAUAUAUGCUAUAAACACGCAUGUUCAUGCUGAUCACGUCACUGGCUCUGGCUUGAUUAAUACUAAGGUUCGUGCAACUCCUGGUCAUACAUUAGGCUGUGUUACCUAUGUUACAGGAGAUGGAGUCGAUCAACCUCGGCCAAGGAUGGCAUUUACUGGUGAUGCUCUAUUGAUUAGGGGAUGUGGAAGGAAAGACUUUCAG